AUGGCAGAGCCAACGGGGACGACCUACUCAUACAAAGAGAACCAGACAGAGGUGGUAUCACCUGUAAUGUCGUUACCAAUCAUCGAGGCUUCUGUAAUCAUGACGGUGGUGGCCUUCUUCGCUUUGGUGGUCAAUUUGUACCUUCUUAACGUAGGUUGUUAGAUAUAAGCUUAUAUUGCGAAUAUUAUAUUGGCUUUUUAUAUAUACCUUCAUUUCAAAAGCAGAAAAUCAUUUUAAGUUUUAAAUAUUGUAGUAGACUUUUACAAUAUAAACCCAUCGUUAUAAAACUAAAAACAUUGAUUUAGUGUUCCCGAUACCUCCGCAAACCGAUCGGUGUCAAUCUGCGAUUAUGUGUCAGUUUAACAGCAUCUAAUGCAGCUUGUGCACAUUUCUACAUUUUAAGUAAUGUCAUCAACGUGCUGUUGCCUGCGGCCGUAAACUCGGAUGGUGUGAUAUCAAAUUGCUUCACUAUUUUAAUUGAGGUAAGAGUAAUCUCAAUGUUUUCAUGAUUAGCGUCUUAUAAACCUUAGCUUUAAUUAAUUAUCGGAGAUUAGCCCAGGUUUACAUGAUAACUCAUUAGAAAAGUAACUUAAUAACAACCUUCAACUUCCUUGUUACCUUUUUUAAAUAUUAACUUGAAAAAAAUUUAUUAAUUUUAAAAAUUUUAAGUUAAAAAUACUUUUCAGAUUUUAAAAAUUGGCACCUUCUUCGCUUCCGUAUUCACGUUACUUUCGCUAGCAUUAAACCAUUAUGUGGGUGUUGUGUACCCCCUUAGACGACAUGCCAUAACCUCAACAACAGUACGAGUAGCUAUCACUUUGGCUCAUUUUGUGCCAAUCAUGGCGUUCUUAACCUUAUUCACGGUGGUUCCUGGCGGAUUUAGAGCCGGUAAACCGUUCGCUUUCUUUUCUAAAGACGGAUGUCAAGGUGGAAAUAUCUUCAGUAAGUUAUUCUGUAUACUUUUUUGCUAUAAUUUUACACGUGCCAUCAAUUUAUUGCUUCGAAAUUAAAAAAUUUUAAGAAAUUAUGUAAAAUAUACCCUUUAAAAACCCAAAAAUUUAAAUUUUAGAGCGAUUUUCGGUUCGGAUAGCAAUCGCCUUGCCUUUCAUUGUGUUCGUACUUAUUAUUUCGGCAUUGUACAUACACAUACUCAUACACAUGCACUCAAAUACGACAGAUCCUAUACUUACAACUGCUCAUACAAAAGCAAAAAAGAAUUCUAACCGACGUCUGUUGAGUACAAUCAUGUUACUGGUCGGUUCGGCCGUGUUGGGUAAGUGAUUAAGGCACUUAAAGUAAACAAACAACAAUGACGAUACUUAAUUAUAGUAUUCAUGGACUUUUUCAAAACAAAAUUAAGGUUUUAAUGGUGUAAAACCAAAUUUAACCCAUCAAUUUUGGCAAAUUUGUGAUUAUUACAAAGUGAUAUUACAAAUUAAAAUUACAAAAUUCAAAUUUCCCGCCAAAAUGAGUUAUUUUUUGUAAAUUUUAAUACCAGCAAAGCUUGUCACAAUAACUUUGUUUACCUCCUCAAGUACUUUAUCACUUCAGGAUGGCUGCCAACUUUGAUGCAAUAUAUCCUCUUCUGUCCCGGCUGUGUUUUCCAGCUUCAACUGACACACGGCUUCUAUGUGAGUGUCAUUUCGCAGCUGGUGAAUGUCCUCAAACUACUGGCAGACGCUUUCAUUUAUGCCAACCGGCUAAUCGAAAUCAGAUACGCCAUGUGGAUGUUUCAUCGCAAUGUUCUGAGCGGUAUUACAGGUAGGCUUUGACUUUCGAAACUUAUCUUUAAAAAAAAUUGAAAUUUCAAAAAAAAUUUUAAACAUUUUUUUAACAAAUAUGAAAGCAAGUAAUCUACUACAACAUCCCAAUAUACUAUCCUAUAAAAAACAUCCUUUCAGGCAAAUCCAGCCAAACAGAACCGCCAGCCGAGUUCGCACGCUACAUCAAGAGCACGACCGCAUAUCACACUCUACAGAGCACAACCAGAUUCAUGAACAAACGCAACAACUCCAGCGACUACAAUCAAGCCAACGAAGUCAGCAACGGCAACUUAAACAAAGCUUUAGUGAAGACGUGA